AUGAUCUCCAGUCUCGCCUGGGUCAGAAAGGGGGCGGCAGCCCGGCAUCCGCAAAAGUUCAACAUCACCGAUGAAGAUGAGCUUCAGCGUGUUCAGAAGUUGACCAACCUCGAGUUCGGAGACGCGCAGCAGCAGUUGGAGGAAGCGAGGAAAGAGGCAGAGGGAAUGGAUGGCGGCGAUGGUUGGCAGGAUGACGACGAUGAUGAUCAAGACGCAGAUGAGUCGAUGGACCAAGAUACCAAGACAGAGAAGGCAGAAGAGGAAAAGGGCGCCGAUGAGGACGAGCUCGCAAAGUACAAGCUCGACACGUACGAUGAAGAGCAGUCUACAGGAAUUGCAAUGGGCGCCUUCUCCAACAUCAAGGGCCUCUCCUUCUACAAGUCAAACGACGAUGACCCAUACAUUACCCUCAAGGACGGCGACAAGGACAUUGAUGGCCAAGACGACGAUGAUGAAGAGCGAGAAGCGCUCGAAGUGCUGCCUUCGGACAACUUGUUGAUCUCAGCAAAGACGGAAGAUGACGUCUCCCUCAUCGAGGCUCACGUAUAUGCACCCGUCACCGAAGAGGCGCCUGAAGGCUCGUCGUUGUAUGUGCAUCACGAUCUGCUUCUGCCCUCAUUCCCGCUCUGCCUCGAAUGGCUCAGCCACUCGCCAGCAGCCGCCUCAUCCUCGACAAAUACCAAUGGCGCUACCCGCGCAUCACAGGGCAACUACCUCGCCGUCUCCACCAUGGACCCAGAGAUCGAGAUCUGGAACAUGGAUAUCAUUGAUGGCCUUGUACCCUCCGCCGUGCUGGGCAACAGGGAAGCCUCAAAGGCGUGGGAGAAGCAGGCAAAGAAGAAGGGCACGGGAAAGAAGAAGCGUCGCGAGCUCGCUGUUCGUCCAAACUCACCUCAUCAUCAUACUGAUGCGGUCUUGUGUCUCUCUUGGAACCCUUUUGUGCCCAAUCUGCUCGCUUCUUCAUCGGCAGAUGGGACCGUCAAGCUCUGGGAUCUCGACGCAGCACCGAAAGAGCAUGGCGGACUGGAGGCGUUGCGAUCCUUCGAGGGGUUGCACAGCGACAAGGUGCAGUCCGUUGCGUGGAACACCGCUGUACGCUCCGUCCUCGCUUCAGGCGGGUACGACGGGCAAGUAAAGAUCUUCGACGUCCGUCAGCCAGGCGUGGUCAUCUGCUCAGUGAAAGUCGACGGGGAAAUCGAGAAGGUGAGGUGGAAUCCUUGGAGGUGUAACAACUUGCUGGUCAGCUUGGACUCGGGACUCGUCCACAGCUACGAUGUCGACGCGGUUGCGUCAUCAGCCGCAGCGACGGGGGCGAGCCAAGCACGCUCCCUCUUCACCCUAUCGGCGCACUCCUCCGCCUGCACCAGCAUGGAUAUCAGCCCGCAUAUCCCCGGCUGUCUCGUGACCGCGGGGUUGGACAGGCAGGUCAAGCUCUGGAAUCUCGAGCCUUCCCCUGGUGGUGGGCCCAAGCCAAAGUCGAUCAGCCUAGUAGCCAGCAGAGACGUGGGCGCGGGCAAAGUCUUUGCGGCUUCCUUCUCACCGGACGAGCCGCUCGUCAUCGCUGCUGCGGGCUCGUCGGGCAAGGUCAAAGUGUGGGACGCUGGUCAGGCCAAGGGAGUCGCGAGCGUGUUUGGGGAGAGGGUGAGGGAGUUUGGGAGGGGCUUGAGGGAGAGGAGGAAGCGAGAUGCGGCUGCUGGUGAGGAUCAAGAGAAGGAGGACGAGGAA